CCUCUACAGCGCCGCGCAUGCGCAGUCUGUAUCGAGCGAUUGAUGAUCCUGCGGCUUGUGUGUGUGUCUGAGCUCCUGAUCAGCUGCACUUCUCUGUGUGCGUUAGUGCAGCUGGAAGUUUUUCAGUACGAUCGCCGAGAUCAAGGGAUAUUAUUGAAGCCCGUCGUUAUAAAUAUGUCUACAAACAAAGUGAAGAAAGUGAAAAUGGCCACCAAAUCAUGCCCGGAGUGUGACCAACAGAUUCCUGUGGCUUGUAAAUCCUGUCCUUGUGGCUACGUCUUCAUAAGCCGAAAGCUUCUCAAUGCCAAAUUAAAUGAGAGGUCUCCAGUAAUGGACCAAUUGGACGCAAAGAGAAGACGAACAGAACGAAUCAGAAAAGAGAAGAUAAAUUUAACACCUACCAGUGAUAUGGAAAAUAGGAGGCGACCCCAUUCCAACAGUCAGUCAGAUCCAAUCCGCAGAGGAAGAGGCAGACCCAAAACUGUUGGACUGAAGAAGCAGGAGGAAGAAAAGGGUAAUGUGCAAACAGUAAUCAUUAUAGAUUGAUGGUCACGAUAAACAUUAACAUGAAGAAAUGUAGGCAUCCAGGGU